AUGACUAAGAGCACCACAGAGGAGGCGACGAAGUCUAGUGAUAAGCAUAGAAGUAGGAGCAGCAGUACCCAUGUCCCCCUACACUUUUCCGUUCACAAGCCUGGAUGUCACUUCGAGAGCUGCUGUGGAGUAUGCAAUCUAUUCCCGGGCGUAAUCCUCAUCGCAUUCUGCCAAGUCUUGGUUGGAUCUAUUCUUCUCACUCUGAUCUUGACCCACGGAAAACAAUAUGAUGAGAUGCAUCAGACGGCUACAUCUCAGUUCAUGAGCAUUGCGAGUGGUGCUGUGUUGAGUGGAAUCACUGGUGCUGGUGUAUUGCUGAUAAUAGUGGCCCUGACUGAAAACUGUCGUGCGAUGCUCGUUUAUCUACUUGUGGCUGUCAUGGUCUGGAUAGGGAUAGUAUCUCUUGCCAUGACUAAAAUCAGCCGUUCUUGCAUCAGGUUUAAAGAUGCGCCUAAGAUUAAAGAUGAGCGACACCGGCUCGCGAAUCUAGCUUGUGUCAGCGGAUUGUUUACAUUCCUUGGAGCUGCUGUGUACUUCUUUUCGUUUGUUGUGGUAUUCAGCUUUUAUCACUUCAGAUAUGUGCGUCGUGCCAUCCUUCUCCACGAAGCGGAGUGUGAGUGA